GAGGAGGCGGAUCCGGGCGCUGCGUUGGCUGCGGCCUGGCACCAAGGGGGCGGCCCCGGCGGAGUGCAGACCCAGCGGCCCCCGGUGAUUAUGGACCCGGCCGAGGCGGUGCUGCAGGAAAAAGCGCUCAAGUUUAUGGGUAAAUAACCCAGGAGUGGAGUUGCUGGAUCAUAUGUGCUCUAUGCCCAGGUCUCUGUGGCUGGGCUGCUCCAGCCUGGCGGACAGCAUGCCUUCGCUGCGAUGCCUGUAUAACCCAGGGACUGGCGCACUCACAGCUUUCCAGAAUUCCUCAGAGAGAGAAGACUGUAAUAAUGGCGAACCCCCUAGGAAGAUAAUACCAGAGAAGAAUUCACUUAGACAGACUUAUAACAGCUGUGCCAGACUCUGCUUAAACCAAGAAACAGUAUGUCUAGCAAGUACUGCUAUGAAGACUGAAAAUUGUGUGGCCAAAACAAAACUUGCCAAUGGCACUUCCAGUAUGAUUGUGCCCAAGCAACGAAAACUCUCAGCAAGCUAUGAGAAGGAAAAGGAACUGUGUGUCAAAUAUUUUGAGCAGUGGUCAGAGUCCGAUCAAGUGGAAUUUGUGGAACAUCUUAUAUCCCAAAUGUGUCAUUACCAACAUGGGCACAUAAACUCAUAUCUUAAACCUAUGUUGCAGAGGGAUUUCAUAACUGCUCUGCCAGCCCGGGGUUUGGAUCACAUUGCUGAGAACAUUCUGUCAUACCUGGAUGCCAAAUCGCUAUGUGCUGCUGAACUUGUAUGUAAGGAAUGGUACCGAGUGACCUCUGAUGGCAUGUUAUGGAAGAAGCUCAUCGAGAGAAUGGUCAGGACAGAUUCUCUGUGGAGAGGCCUGGCAGAACGAAGAGGGUGGGGACAGUAUUUGUUCAAAAACAAACCUCCUGAUGGGAACGCUCCUCCCAACUCUUUUUAUAGAGCACUUUAUCCUAAAAUUAUACAAGACAUUGAGACAAUAGAAUCUAAUUGGAGAUGUGGAAGACAUAGUUUACAGAGAAUCCACUGCCGAAGUGAAACAAGUAAAGGAGUUUACUGUUUACAGUAUGAUGAUCAGAAGAUAGUAAGCGGCCUUCGAGACAACACAAUCAAGAUCUGGGAUAAAAGCACGUUGGAAUGCAAGCGAAUUCUCACAGGCCACACGGGUUCUGUCCUGUGUCUCCAGUAUGAUGAGAGGGUGAUCAUAACGGGAUCAUCGGAUUCUACGGUCAGGGUGUGGGAUGUAAAUACAGGUGAAAUGCUAAACACGCUAAUUCACCAUUGUGAAGCAGUUCUGCACUUACGUUUCAAUAAUGGCAUGAUGGUGACCUGCUCUAAAGACCGUUCCAUUGCUGUAUGGGAUAUGGCCUCCCCAACUGACAUUACCCUCCGGAGGGUACUAGUUGGACAUCGAGCUGCUGUCAAUGUUGUAGACUUUGAUGACAAGUACAUCGUUUCUGCAUCUGGAGAUAGGACUAUAAAGGUAUGGAACACAAGUACUUGUGAAUUUGUAAGGACCUUAAAUGGACACAAACGUGGCAUUGCCUGUUUGCAGUACAGAGACAGACUGGUUGUGAGUGGCUCAUCUGACAAUACUAUCAGAUUAUGGGACAUAGAAUGUGGUGCAUGUUUACGAGUGUUAGAAGGCCACGAGGAACUGGUGCGUUGUAUUCGAUUUGAUAACAAGAGGAUAGUCAGUGGGGCCUAUGAUGGAAAAAUUAAAGUGUGGGAUCUUGUAGCUGCUUUGGACCCCCGUGCUCCUGCAGGGACUCUCUGUCUACGGACCCUUGUGGAGCAUUCUGGAAGAGUAUUCCGACUCCAGUUUGAUGAAUUCCAGAUUGUCAGUAGUUCACAUGAUGACACAAUCCUCAUCUGGGACUUCCUAAACGAUCCAGCUGCCCAAGCUGAACCCCCUCGCUCCCCUUCUCGAACAUACACCUAUAUCUCCAGAUAAAUAAUCAUACAGUGACCUCAUACUUGCCCAGGACUCAUUAAAGUUGCGGUAUUUAACAUAUCUGCCAAUACCAGGAUGAGCAACAACAGUAACAAUCAAACUACUACCCACUUCCCCGGACUAGCCGAGGAAUGGGGCUUUGAGACUCCUGUUGGGACACAGUUGGUCUGCAGUCGACCCAGGAUGGUCUACUCAGCACAGCUGACUGCUUCCGUGCUGCUAUCAGAAGAUGUCUUUAUCUUUUGUGAAUGAUUGGAACUUUUAAACCUCACCUCACCUCCUCUCCUUUCCUCUGCACCUGUUUUUCCUUAUUUGGUUCCAGACAAAGAUGACUUAUAAAUAUAUUUAGUGUUUUGCCAGAAUCUCUCUUGCUUUGCUGUUAAGCAGAAGAACUAGUUUCCCUAUAUAGCCUUCUGGGAGACCAACUUCUAUGGUACAGGGGGUAUAACUUCAAGCCAGACAGCACCUAGGAAUGCCCAGCACCCGGCAGUAUCAGCCCAGCCCCACUGUGCUUAGGAGGAGCUGUCUGUCUAUAUAGCCUUUGAGGAGAGAGAGAAAGAAAACAAAAAUACACACUGGAAGAUCUGGGCCUCUUUCCUUAAAUCUCUUUCUGUUUCUGUCCCUCUUCCCUUAUCCCCCACUCUCCUUCAACCUGUUUCUCUGCUGCACCUGAGAAGAAAGAGUAUGAAGAGAGGUUCUCAGUUAACAUGAGGCAAAUCAGUGAGAAAAUGCCACACUUGGAAGAGAUAAAUGCUGUUCAGUCGAAAUUUCAAAUGCAGGCUUUUGCUGCAGGUGACCUUGUAUGGCAGCAGUGGGUUCUUAGAAGGUACUCCCAUCAUAUUUGCAACUCUUCUCUCUCUCUUCUAACACCACCCCCCCUCCAAAAAUGGUGGGGGCAAGGGCAGAAAUUGCCUGGGCUCCAUCAAUGGCCGCAUCUUUUCUGGACUCAGCAGUCUCCUCGAUUCCAUGUAGAGUUUAGAAAAGAGUUGCUGAUUGCAUUUCCUCUCAUUAACAAUUAGAUGUGUAAUAAAAAGCAUUGUACUUCAUCUUAAAUCACUGGUAAGGUUCAGCUGAAAGGUUUGAAAUGGCCAGAGCCAGCUUCUGGGUGCAUUCUGCAUAAUGGUUCACACCUCUGAUUUGCUCAUCGGGGUCUGUGAGCACCCAGCACCUGUGUCUUUGCCAAGACCACAAUCAGAGAAGCUAAAGAGGUAGUCAGGGGUAAAAGUGGAUUUCUUUCUCAUUUAGAAUAGUAAAUAUAUCAUCUCUCAGAAAGCAAGCUAAUCAUCUCAACCUUAUACUGCAGAACCUUCCUCCUGCUUUUCCCAAACAUGGUAUUUUACAAAAGGGCAAAUCUGCCAGAAAGAGGAUCAGGGUGAAGUUUGGCACACAGGGUUUGCUAAAUGGGGCAGAAACUGCCUUCUCUUUCCUUUUAUUCCUUCCCUGGCCUUAUUUAACUCUCCACUUUCCCCAGUCAAUAAAAUUUCUCUGGAAGUUGGUAAACAACAUAAACAAAUGGACCUCAGCAAGGGCCAGGCCACCCUGACCGCUUAAAAGGCAGCUGUAUGAGUGUCGGGCAGGGCACAUAUGCCACCCCAACUUGGGAACACAGUUCUUACUACCAGCAUGUGCCCAGCUUGUUUCCCAGGGCAGCACGGAGCUGCAUCAGCCCUCUCGUGUAGCAUGGGCACACCCAUCACCGGCCCAAGGCCACACUGCAGUCUCUACUUUCUCUUGGAAGCUGAGCAGUCAAUCAGGUCUGUUUCUGUUCCCAAGCAAAGCAGUUGAGUAAAAGAAAGCCUCUUUUUAACCAGCUGCUGUAAAAGCAUCAGAAUGGGAGCCAGUUGCAGAUGACCUCUAACCCAGACUACCUUUAGUUCAGCAAGGGGGAGAGGAAGAGAACGCCAUCUUCCCCCUUCCCUUCUGAUUUAACUGAAUGUUGUUGUUAUGUAUUGAGAGGCAAGUUAUGCACAUGCAUUUUUCCUUUCCAACUUCAUGAGUGCUUUUAAGCUUUUCAUUCCAGGAUAUAUUCAGGAAAUAUUUCCCAGUAUAAUAUGGCAUUGCCUGGGAAGUAUCUUCUCUUCCCAACUACCCAAAUGCUACAGAGAAAUGUUUCUAUGUAGCCAUCAUCAGAGUUCCUUGUCUAUUGUGUUGGCUACUUUUGGCUUUUUGAUUGGUUACAGAUUUUGCUACAGGUGAGGCAGAGGGCCAUCAGCCGGGAGUAAAACUCAUCAGCCCUGAGUAAGAUCAGGCAUUAAAGAGGCAUGGAUUUCAAGCUGUUUGAAAAUAUUGUCCAAUAGCCAUAACUUUACUAGCCCUUCUCUUAUAUGCUGCUAUUUAAAAGUGGGAGCUGUUGAAUAUUCAUUGGUGCCCGGGGUUUUGCUCUCCCAUUUAGGUUCAGUUGAAGGUAGAUAAUUUCUAAGAUUGUUUUGAAGCUUGUCCAGUACGAUCACAAAUGAGAUUGAGGGUGGAGCCUGCAGUCUGGAGCCGUUAGCUCCAUCAAGCAUGUUCUCCCCAAGUUGUCCUUUGCUGCUGAUGGAAAUGGGAAUGAAGUUAAGUGGUCUGAAAAACUGAGUCAGUCACAUUUCUCAGCUCUGGGGGUCAUUUACCAGUUCAUUGUAGAAGAAAUAAUCAGGUAAGUAGAAGUUCAUUUCCAGAGAAGGUAAACCCCACUUACCAUCUCUGCAUGAUUUCGGUGGGAAUUGAUUAUCACUAAUCCCCAACUGGGCUAGAAUAAAUGUAAAGUUUGACCUUUUUAAAAAGAAAAGAGAAACAAAGAAAGUCUCAAUACAACUAAAAGGAAUGGUAGAAAAGGAGCUGAAGGAGUCUCUUGGCUCUGAAAUGGCAUGUCUCCAUUGUAGAUUAGUCACUUCUCACUAAAAUUCCAGUGUGGGCCUGAAAACGGUGUUUCUUAAAGAUGGGAGGAAACCCCUUCAAAGGUGGGCACACAAGGAGCAUGUGCAUGCAUCUGCACCCAGGAGCUCUCCAGUCACACUGGGGCUGCUUGGACAAAACCAGCAUGCCUUGCUGCACAUAUAUGUAUUUUCACUGCUGAGAACACCCUUUUCCUUUCUUAUGUGCAAUUGGAAAGUGGACAUGAAUUGUGAAUGGAGGCCUUUUACACUUGUCCCUUGGCAAAAUUUUUUCUGGAGACUCUUCACCAGAAAUUUCAGAGACAGGACUCUCUGGAACUCUAUUGUCAAGUAAUAAAGUCUGGCCCUCAUAACUUGUUUCUGAACUGGAAAAAAAAAAACCCUUAGGCCCCUAAAUCAUUCUGUUUUCUGCUUAAGAAAAAUCUUUUUUAUUUUUCUUUUGUAAAGUCAUAAGCUGAAGAGAAGAAAAUAUGCACUCUUUUCUCCUCUGCCGUCUCCUGGUACCCAUUGGUCAGAACAGCUGUGGUUGGUCUACUCCUUGCUUAGCACUUGACUGUAUGUGGAAACCAAGGGCUUGGGGUGGAGGGUGGUGAGGGAUAUUGAAAAUAGAGUGGUUUUUUUUCUUUCCUAGAAGUAGAUUAGAUACCUUGGUAUUGUUGACCUUCUUGGCAUCUUCCAUUUUAGAUGUAACAUCUUCCUGUCUGAAGUGCGAGCAGUCCAACCCAGAAUGGUGCAGGCAUGAGAGCCUAGGCUGCAAGCUUAAUUUGGGAGGAAUCCAAAGGUACUUCUUAGUGGAAAAAGGGAUGCUUAGAUACCCACCACCUGUGACCAUCACACUCUUUGAUGAUCAGGUUUACCAUAUGACUUUAAUCCACAUUUCUGAUCUCCUUCCCUAUUUGGAUGAGCUGAACAGAUAUCCCAAGAGCUGGAAAACAUGAAAAGGUGCCCUUGCUUCUUCUUGCCUUCCUCUUUUCCCUCCUAGAAUAACUCUCACUUACAAUCAGCACACCUAAAGCCUGCAGGCUGACUUCAUCUCUCUGGGCUUCAUUUACACAGCUAAUCACGUACAGACCAGAGCUGCUUACUUAACAUUGGCACAACAUAAUCAGUGUCAGAAAGAUAGCCAUCUCUUAGGGUAAUAAAGCUGAGUUUUGCUGGUUCUGUCUGUAGUUCAUUUGUGACUUAAGGAUACUUGGAACUGAGGAGAGAAACCAAAAGAGCACAAUUAUGGCUGCCUGAUUUCUAGUGGAACUUAAUGCAUUGAUAUCCAGAAACCUCUUCUGUUAGAAAUUGAGUGCAAAAUUGAUCUACAAUUUCCUGAAGUCAGAUGACCUCUAAAAUAUGCUCUCCAGCUCACCCAGCUUCUGGUUGGCUGUGUGUAUAUUUAAGGAUCAGGGUGGUAAAUGGCAUUAUAAAGUGUCCCUUCCUCUCUUAUCCAUUUCUCUUCUUGGACACUGAAGGAAAAGACCAACAAGGAGGGUUAGACCUUUGGGUACCAAGGAAACUAACACCUUCCCAAAUCAGUGAUCACCCAAGCCCAUCCAGACUGUUGUAAGGCAUGUUCGCUGGACUUCAGCUGUGGGGCAGGCCUGGCAACGAGUGUGAGCUUCCCUGAGAGCUUUCAGUUGGUUUGGCUCAGCCCUCUGUUCUCUAGACUCUUAAGUACUGACUGCUUUGACUUUUGUGGUUAUGUUAUCGUGAUGUGUAGUCAAGGUACAAAUAUGUUCACAACCUAGGAUCAUGGUAAAAUAGUGUGUUCUGAAUUUUUUUAACUGUUCCAAAAAAAGUAACUUAAAUUACAAAUAUAAGAUUAAAGUGAGUUUUCUAA